CGUUUCAGUUAGACGAAGGCCGACGGAUAGUCAGCACGCGAUCGCGACGACCAGUGCCGGCCAGCUGUACCGCGCCCGCUGCAGCAGAACACCGUUCGACGGUUCCACACAACAAUCGUCGUAUUCGUGUACGCAAAGGGGAGGGUCACGUAGAAGGACAAAUAUAAUUAAACAGCCAAAAUGAGUGAUGACGAAGAUUUACCGACGACUAAACUAAAAGGCGAAGGAAUUAAUGAUGCCGAAUCGGGCUAUUCGAAAAUGUUCAAAAACAAAAUGGAAAGCCGAAGAACCUUCUACAUAGUUUUAACAUUACUAAUAUUCAUAUUUGCAGUGCUCGUAAUAGCUGUUAUCGGACUAUCGUUUGCCUACCUAACGAGGACGGAAGACCAAAGACGGACAUGUACAACAGAAGACUGCUUAAGAUCUGCUGCAGCAUUAGUUGAGUCAAUGAAUAAAUCUGUAGAUCCAUGUGAAGACUUUUAUCAAUUUGCUUGUGGAAAUUUCGCAAAAUGGCAUAAAAUACCAAAAACAGCUACUUCAAAUGAUCGGUUUUCCGAAGUACAUGCUACAGUGUUAGUACUUAUUAGAGAUUUUUUGGAAAGAGAUGAAGAUGACACUGAAAAUUAUUCCGUAUCGAAGUCUAGAAUUUUGUAUCGCUCUUGCAUGGCAACAGAUAAAACGAACACAGACGGGAUUAAGCAAUUAGUUCAGAUUUUAGACAAAAUUGGUUUAUCGGACACGGGGCUUUCUACUAAGAUAAAAUCAUCAAGUUUCUCGGCAAUGUUAGCUAGAUUAAAAAAGUCAAUCAACUUAGACUAUUUGUUCACAACAAAUGUUGAGCCGGAUACGAAAAAUCGGACAGAUAAUCGAAUUAGUCUGAGUAAACCAAAAGAUACAAAUAUAUUUCCAGUUCAUAAAUUAACAGAACACAUGAAAAAAAUGAGUUCAAGGAAAAUGCGUGAAACACUAGAAUCUGAAGAAGAAGUAGGCAACACAAGUAAAGAAUAUGCAGAAGGAAUUGGUUAUCUAAAAUCGUAUGCAAAAUAUUUCCAAAGCGCUUGGACGGAGAUUAAUAAACUGCAAUCAAAUAAUUUUGAUACUAAUUAUCAAUCUAUUGGAAUUAAAAUAUCACAACUAUUGACUUUUAUGAAUGAACAUUCAAAAAUAAAAGAAACAGUAUAUGACAAUGAUACCGAACUUCCAUCACUUAUGACUGUUGAUGAAUUUCAAAAUUAUACAAAUAAUAUUACACGGAAUUUCACUAAAUCAAACGAGCAAAUUAUUGAUUGGAGGGAAUACUUUUCAAUUCUAUUUAUGGACGUGGAGAAUGUAACAUUGAAUUUCGAAACUGAAUUAAUUCAAGUAUCUAAUAUUGAAUAUUUUGAAGCUCUAUUCGAAUUAAUCAGUAUACAUAAAAACCAAGCAAUCAUCAAUACAUGGUGGGAAGUGGUUGUCACUCUUAUGCCAUACACUUCAAACGAGAUGCGGUACAUACAAGAUAGAUUCUACUUCGAAACAACCGGUUUAGAAAAUAAUCCUUCCAGAUCACUCUAUUGUGCAAGUGCUGUAAACUCGAUGAUGGGAAUGGCUGUUUCACGUUUAUUAUUAGAAAUAGAACCAUUACAUAAUAAUAUGAAGAUGGUGGCUGAGAUGAUCAAAUAUAUUCAUUGGGCGUUCGAAAAAAUAGUCAAAGAGUUAGAUUGGAUGGAUGAUACGACCAAAAAUAGGACACUAAACAAGGCACAGCAAAUGCAAACGUUAAUUGGUUUUCCUGAAUUCAUAAAUGACUCGUAUCAGCUAGAUGAUUACUACUAUGAAUUUGAAGUAAUAGAAAAUGACUAUUUUGCCAACGUUAUACUUUAUGUUCAACAAGACUUGAACAACUCUUUGGUAGGACUUAGGCAAUCAAAUAAUUACACAAUAAACUCUUGGGCAUCAGAUCCUUUAGAAGUUAAUGCGUACAAUUGGAUCCAAGCAAAUUCAAUAACCGUUCCAGCCGGUAUAUUACGAUUUCCUUUCUUUGGACAUGAUUUGCAGGUGCUCAACUAUGGUUUUCUUGGUUCCAUACUGGGCCAUGAACUUACACAUGGUUUUGACAACACUGGCCGAAAGUUUGAUUCCGAUGGGAAUGAGAAUAUGUGGUGGACUAAUCACACUAUAAAGGAGUAUGAAAAACGUAGCGAAUGUUUCAUUCAUCAUUAUGAAUCAUAUUUAGUACCUGGAAUCGAAGAAAAGAUAAGUGGUAAAAUGACAUUGGAUGAAAAUAUUGCUGACAAUGGUGGAUUGAGAGAAGCGCUUUUGGCAUAUAGAAAAUUUGUUAAAGAAUUCGGUGAAGAACCUAAACUACCUGGAUUUGAACAGUACAGUAAUGAACAAAUGUAUUAUUUAGCUUUUGCAAAUAAUUGGUGUGAAGCAACAACACGUGAAUCGUUAUCGAAAAGCUUAUUAGACGAGCACAGUCCAAAUAACAUACGAGUGUUAGCAGGACUGACCAAUUCAGAUGAAUUUAGCGAAGUAUGGAAAUGUAAAAAAGGUUCAAAAAUGCACCCACAGAAUGAUAAAUGUAAGAUAUGGUAAUAGUUAAAAGCACCACAUUGUUUUUAUUUAUUAUAUUACCAUACAACUAACAAAUGUCUUAGAAACAUGAAUUACCUAUACAUUAUUAUUAUUGUUAUUAUUAUUGUACAAUAUUAUAAGCUUGCCAUUAGCACACUGUACUUACCAAAUAAUUUGAUUUGUAUGAAAGAGUUUUGUUAAGUCAUUAUGUUAUUAAUAUAUUUUUUUAAUUGCUUAGCUUUAGUCUUUAGAAGAUACUUAUGGUUAUCUACCUACUAAUCUAUAUGAAUGUAUAUUGUGAUAACUGAUAACUAACAAAGGUUUUAAAAACCACAUAUUUUGUCAUAAUUUAUUAUUGUAUUAAAUGAUCUUUUUAAGAAUACAUUUAUAACCGUAUUCAAAAAAUUACAAUAGAAAGUCAACCUAUUAUAAACGGACAACGAUUGUACCUACCUAUACUCUUUAGUCUUUAUUAUAGAAUCAUUGUAAAUAGGUAUAAAUAAUUAUAAUAUACAUAAUUCACACUGCA